AUGGCCAACGACGACUACGCACCGUUCCCCGGAGAGUACGAUCACAUCAUCGUCCACAAGGACGAGUACCUGGAACUGUCCUGUGCAGAAUGCGGAGGGAACUCCCAGCCACGUCCGCCUUACCCAUUCUGCAAAGGCUACGAUGCCCUCCUUCAACACCAUGGCAUGAUACACAAGGCCGUCUUCGUUGCGCCAAACACUUCCAAGCCCGACGAUGCGAAAACCACCACUGAUAAGACGGGGAGAGUGGCCUAUCGGAUUCUCACCCAGGCCGAAGUUAAAUUGAUCGAGCAAGGUCAUGGAGCAGAUGUCAUCAAGAAAGUCAUCACGGAGACGACGAAGCACCAAGCUGAGCCAUACGUACCUCCCGGCAUCAUACCCUACAAGCACUACACCACCAUCGUCCGCUACAACGAUAUCCUCGUGCAGCUUCGAUGCCCCGUCUGCGGCGCCAACGCCCGCAAGAAGAAAGGAGCGAGCAACACGAGAGAGCACAACCUCCAGUUCUACAACGGGGUGAGUGGGCUCAAAGGUCACAUGAGCAAUGUUCACAACGAGCAGUUCCCGGGUCUGAAGAUCAAGGAUGUGGUUUUGGUCUGCGGAAAGGCGAUCACAGAAGCGGAGCUUGAGCAUAUCACCAAGGAUCGGACCGGACGGGCUAUCGUGAAGACCAGGGGCGACGGCAGUGGGAAAGAGUCGAAGCCCAAGCAGCCACGUAAGGCGCCUCUUUCCAAGGAGGAGAAGACCGUUCGUGCUCCUAGGUGGAGCGUCAAGAGUGUGGAGGGACCAGUGUUCCGUAGCGACAACAAGCAGAUGGGUCAGAUGGUCAGUGGUGGAGCUGCGCCAUUUGGUCUUGGAGGACCGGCAGGUAUGGCUGGCGCAUCUUCUCCGUCACGCUCGCAAGGCACGGCGCUCAUGGGGUUGCAGAUGGGAGGACUUGCUGGGUCGGAGAGGGGUAUUGGGAGGAAGGGAGCUGGGGGCGGAAGCCAGGGGGCCUACGCAGACGACGGCACUUCUAUGCGCGAGCGCGGACCUCCUCCGUUGAACCCACAACAGGAGGCAAUCAUGAAGUUGUUGCAGGAAGGUCGUGCGAUGAAGGAGAAGGUGCUUGGAGGAGACAGCAUGGAAGGCCUCAGCAAGGAUGGGUACGUCGAUGAUGAGGACGAUGGCGGGGAUGACGAUGAGUGGGAAGACUGCGAGGAGGGUAAUGGUGAAGGGGCGGCUGUUGAGGGUGAGGACGACCAGGGUGGUGAGGAGGACGACAAAGUCCGACGACGGCUACGACCCGCCUCUCACUCCUGA